AUGCCUCAAUUUUAUAAGACAAAAAAGUGUCCUUGGUUUGCAGUUGGAAGAUGUAGAAUGGAUAAAGAUUGUAAUUGGGCACAUUCCAUUGAUGAAUUGAGACCAAGCGUGGAUUUGACACGAACUAAACUUUGCGAUACACAAUUAAGAGAGGGUAUAUGCAGAAACCCACAAUGUAGAUAUGCUCAUUCGAGGAAAGAGCUCCGAGCAACAUCAGAUCUCUUCAAGACUUCACUUUGCGUUUAUUGGAUUAAAGGGAGCUGUGUAGUUGGGGAUUCUUGCAGAUAUGCACAUGGGAUAGAAGAGCUCAGGUCUAAACCACAAAAAGGGGAGUUUGUUCCAUUAGACGUUGAGACGCUUCCAGUGCCAAUUCAGAAGAUUACAGGUCAAAAACAUGAUUUACCAAUAAAUUUUGAUGGAAGGAAUAAUUUCAGUGAUAAUAAAUUAUACCAUCCAUAUAGUGCAAUUUCAACCACAUCAAGUUUAGGUUCUAUAAACAAAUUUGGUUCAGAAAAUAUUGAUAAAUCAUUGGAACCAAUGCCUUCUUUUGUUACAAGUCUUUUUAAUGUUGAUAAUAAUAGAAUUGGUCAGCCUUUAAGCGAAAGAAACACGUGGCAGGCUGAAACAAUACAUCUUUCUAAUCAAUUUACACCUUUAAACCUUCUUGAUAUACCACUUGCAUGGAGAGAGAAAUCUUCCGGGCACCAAAAUAAUAAUCUUAGCAAUUUGCAUGAACCAUUAUGUAGUAUUGGAUCAAAUAACCAACACUUCGAGCAAUUUAUUAAUCAAUCUCAUAUGAAUGAUAUGAUUUUUAAUCGGAAUCAAAUGAGUAAUAAAAGGCAGCAUAAUAACGAGUUUGAUGGAAAACUUGAUUCAGUACAAACUACUAAAAGAUCAUAUCCUGGAAGUAUUGAAGAAAUGUACUCUUACACGCCUUCAACUGCAUCUAGCAUCAGAGAUAAGAUAAGUCUUCACAACUUGGAAGUAUAG